AUGGCGCUGUGCCAAAAUCGACUGCAGGAGGAACGCAAGCAGUGGCGGCGCGACCACCCGUUUGGCUUCUACGCGAAGCCCGCGCGGACCAAGGAGGGCGUCCUGGAUCUGAAGAACUGGGAGUGCGGCAUCCCCGGCAAGGACAAGACUAUCUGGGAGGGUGGCCUCUUCAAGCUCAACAUUAUUUUCCCCGAUGAGUACCCGACGAAACCACCGAAAUGUGAGCCCGGCGUGCCCUGCAACCGCCCUCGGCCCGCGUGGCACCCGGCGACGCGGCGACGCACGACGACUGACGAGUCUCCAGGCAAAUUCUUCCCGCCCCUGUUCCACCCCAACGUCUACCCGUCCGGCACCGUGUGCCUGUCCAUCCUCAACGAGGAGGAGGCGUGGAAGCCGGCCAUCACGGUGAAGCAAAUCCUCCUCGGCAUCCAGGACCUGCUCAACGACCCGAACCCCGAGUCGCCGGCCCAGGCCGAAGCCUACAACCUCUUCAAGCGAGACCGAGCCGAGUACGAGAAGAGGGUGAAACGAGUGGUUCGCGACAACCCCGCCCCGUGA